AUGUCCCCAUAUGUCCCCCAAUGUCCUCUGUCCCCAUAUGUCCCCAAUGUCCCCAUAUGUCCCCCAAUGUCCCCAUAUGUCCCCCAAUGUCCUCUGUCCCCAUAUGUCCCCAAUGUCCCCAUAUGUCCCCCAAUGUCCCCAUAUGUCCCCCAAUGUCCUCUGUCCCCAUAUGUCCCCCAAUGUCCCCAUAUGUCCCCCAAUGUCCCCUCUGUCCCCAAUGUCCCCCAUACCCCCAUGUCCCCCGUGUCCCCCCCAUGCCCUGUGUCCCCCCCAUGUCCCCAGUGUCCCCCCAUAUCCCAUGUCCCCCCAUAUCCCCCCAUGUCCUGGGUGUCCCCUGCAUCUUCCCAUGUCACCAGUGUCCCCCCAUAUGCCCCCCACACCCCCCGUGUCCCCCAUGUCCCCAGUGUCCCCCCCAUGUCCCCGUGUCCCCCAUGUUCCCCCAUGUCCCCAGUGUCCCCCCAUGUCCCCAGUGUCCCCCAUAUGCCCCCCACACCCCCCGUGUCCCCCUUUCCACGUCCUGUGUCCCCCCUGUCCCCCCCAUGUCCCCGUGUCCCCCAUGUCCCCCCAUGUCCCCAGUGUCCCCCAUAUGCCCCCCACACCCCCCGUGCCCCCCUUUCCAUGUCCAUGUCCUGUGUCCCCCCCGUACCUUCCCACGUCCCCAGUGUCCCCCCCCAUGUCCCCCCUUCCAUGUCCAUGUCCCGUGUCCUCCUGUACCUCCCCACAUCCCCCCACGUCCCCAGUGUCCCCCCACGUCCCCCUCGAGCCCCCCCCGGUCACCCCAUC